AUGGACCCCAAGGAUGCGCAUAAAACUGCGUUCUCCAGUUCCACAGGUCAUUUCGAGUUUGUUAGAAUGCCUUUUGGUCUCAAAUCAAGUCCAGCUACGUUUCAACGACUGAUGAAUCUCGCACUAACAGUUGAUUUCCCUCGAGAUCAGUUUAGUUUGUCAACCGCCAUGGAGUUUGAAAGUGAGAGUGAGAGUGAGUUUUUCGCGGAUAAUUUAUCAGACAUUGAGCAGCCGGAUCUGAGUGAUGAUAGUGAUAGUGAGGACAUUUUUACAAGACGAAGAAACCCUAGAAUACCGCUACAGUCUAGCACAUCAAGUGAUAGUGAAGAUGAAAUCAUCCCGGAUUGGUCCGAGACUGAUACUGAACCGGUAAUUGAAGAUUUUCUUGGACAAGUUGGGGUAGUCAUGAUGCCUGAAAAUCCCGCUAGUAUAAUGAGCGUACUUCAACUUUUUAUUGGUGACGAUUUGUUUGAGUACAUGGCACAAGAAACAAAUAGAUAUCACGCCCAAAAUAUACAUAAAUUUAAAGUUAGUGCCAAAACGCUAAAGUGGAGAGAUGUUUCUGUGUCAGACAUGAAAAAGAUGAUGGGCUUGCUUCUGCUGAUGGGAAAAGUGCGCAAGGAUUCAAGGGACGAGUACUGGUCAACUGAUGAAACCAUCGAAACACCAAUUUUUGCCCGAAUAUUGAGUAGAGACCGAUUCCGUCAAAUAUGGGCUGCUUGGCAUUUUUCAAACAACGCCGAAGCGGAUCUGUCAGCUGACCGUCUACAAAAAGUUAGACCGAUCCUAGACUAUUUUCUCCCAAAAUUUAAAAAUGUCUAUAAACCAAAGAGGGAAUUAUCUUUAGAUGAGAGCAUCAUGGCAUGGAGAGGAAGAUUAGUCUUUAAGGUUUACAACGCGUCGAAAAUAAAUAAAUAUGGGGUAUUGAUACGAAUGGUUUGCGAAGCCACUUCCGGGUAUGUGUGCAAUCUCCGAGUAUACUCCGGGCAGGGAUAUCCACUUCAAGCUACAAUUCUUCAUCUUUUAGACCCGUAUUUGAACUUGUGGCAUCAUGUAUAUAUGGAUAAUUUUUAUAACAGUGUAGAUACGUCGGAAUUAUUGUUGCGGAAUAAAGUGCGUAUUGUGGGACGAUUAGGACAAAAUCGCGGCUGCCACUUUUAA